UUUUGUACUGGAUUCGAGCUGUCAACAAGAAACUGCCAGUGUUCGUAGCACACCGAGUGGGUGACAUUCAGGACUCAACAGCUGUCGAGGAUUGGAGACAUGUUCAAGGUAAAGAAAAUCCUGCGGAUUUGAUUUCGCGGGGGGCCAGCAUCAAGGAUUCCAUGGACUCGCAAAUUUGGUGGAAUGGACCUCAAUGGUUGCAUCAGAAGAACUUACCAGAGGAACGAUGCAAGCAGAUCGAUUAUGAUGAAGAACGGUUGGAAAACCGUGACAAAUCCAAAAUCGUGGCAAUGACAGUUUGCAAGAACUCAAGUCCAUUUGAGAAAUAUAGCAGCUUCAACAAAAGAAUCCGAAUAGCCGCUACAUGUUUACGAUUUGUACACAAUUGCAAGGGAGAGAAAGCACGUGGUCCAAUUACGGUAGAUGAAAUGGAGAGAGCAGAAAGGAGUUUAGUGAGAAGAGAGCAAGAGAUCGCAUUCUCAGAGGAGAUCAACAGAUUGAAGAAGGAUAAGGCAAUCUCACAACAGAGUUGUCUGAAAUUCUUAAACCCCUUUUUGGAUAAGGACCGACUAUUAAGAGUUGGAGGCAGACUAAGACAUGCGCAAUUAUCGUCGGACAUCAAGCAUCCAAUCGUGUUACCUCAUCAUUCGAGAAUCACAGAACUCAUCAUAGAGCAUGAGCAUCUAAGAAAUCUGCAUGCUGGAGCAGAUGCAACAUUAGCUGCUGUUCGCCAAAAAUACUGGCCGAUCAGGGCGCGCGGUACCGUCCGCAAAUUGUUACGCGGUUGUAUAAAAUGUUUCAGGUCGAAGCCACGGUUCUCAGAACAAUUAAUGGGGGACCUUCCGAUGCAUAGAGUUACACCUUCAAGGCCAUUUAGCAGUACAGGGGUGGAUUUUUGCGGACCGAUCUACAUUCGUGAAGGUUCAAGGAAAAAUAGCAAACGGAUUAAGACUUUUGUGGCGGUAUUUGUAUGCAUGGUGACAAAGGCUGCACAUUUAGAAGUAGUGUCCAACCUGACAACGGACGCGUUUCUUAACGCCUUUAAGCGGUUUAUCGCUCGAAGAGGAGCCAAUCGUGAAUUAGAAGAGCUUAGAGCUUUAUGUAAUCAAGAGGAGCAUCAGCUCAAAAUUAUUAACGAAACUGCCAAGGAACGAAUCAAGUGGCACUUCAUACCACCACGCGCACCACAUUUUGGUGGUUUGUGGGAAGCCACUGUAAAGGCGUUCAAAAGACAUUUUUAUAGAACAGUCGGUGAGGUACCACUGACCUUUGAGGAGGCAUCUACGUUUACGGCUCAA